GGAAGACAAAGAAAGUUCCUGGUACUCUUGUAAGAGGUAGAGAAACACAGCAAAUAAAUUGAUCAGAUAGAUAGAUAGAUAGAUAGAUAGAUAGAUAGAUAGAUAGAUAGAUAGAUAGAUCAUGAAAGGCAAGAAAGACUGAUAAAUGCGACUUAUUAAAUGCCAUCCGGCAGUAAGCGAUAAAGUGGACAAAAGACAAAGAAUCUAAGCCACUGUGAAGGAGCAGUCAGAUAUCAGGUUGUACACUUGUUCUUUGUAAGCAGUGUUUCCAGUGCCUGAAAUGUCACGGAGGAAGCAAAGGAAACCUCAGCAGCUUAUCUCAGACUGUGACAACUCAACCUCUUCAGAGAAUGGGUACACAGCAGGUGAAGAAGUUCAAGUGUGUCAGAAAUGCUGUGCCCAGUUUGACGAACCCUCUGAUUUCACCAGACAUAAAGAAUGCUGUUCUCUUGACAACCAAAUUGUUCUGAUUGUGGACAACCAGGGAGAGUCUAAAAAGAACCAACAAGAAAGCAUUAUUAAGGAAUCUGCCUCACAACCUAACUCUCCAGAAAGUGCUGGGUCAGGAAAGAGAACAAUGGUGACCCGACAAUGUGACCAAGAAACACAUUUUCAAAUGAUGGGCUCCAUAAGACCAGACAUGGACAAAAAGGGUGUGGGCCCCUCUCAGCGCUUCCUUAUUCCUAAUGGGGGUAUAGUAAUGGAUGGUCUCUCAGGACCAAAAAUAGGUCUGGCUCCUAUGAGUCAGGAAGCAGUCCCUGGAGGUCAGACUGCUACAGCUCCUAUAAACAUCCCUAUGAUCCUGGAAGAACUUAGAGUUUUGCAGCAGAGGCAGAUACAUCAGAUGCAAAUAACGGAGCAAAUAUGUCAACAGGUACUAAUGCUUGGAUCCCUUUCCAUGACUCCUUCAAAUCCAACAACAUCACCACCAGAAAGGAACACUACAACAAAACCCUUGCCUGUCUUCAGUCCAUCAAAACAAUCUGAAUCUAUUCAAGAAUCAACAAAGACAUUUUGCAGAGAUGAGAUCUCCAAGCAGACUUUUCUUCACCUCUACAAUCCUGUAGGGCAUGCAUUUGGAGCUAGGAGUAUUCCAAACAUAAAAGACAAAUUGAUAGGGGGCAUCUGUGAAAAGCCAGUUCUAGGACAAUCUUCACUUCCAAGCUCACCAGCAAGCCAGCUCAUUUCGCCACAUGCAAUAUUUUCACCAAGUUUACCAACCUUACCAUCUGGAUUAUUUUUAGGGGCUAGGGUAUUAGAAACUACCCCAAGCCACUUGAAGCAGAAGAACAAUGAGUCACUACGAGGUGAAAGUCAACUAGAAAGAUCAUCAGGGAAGCACAAAUGUCGUUUCUGUGCAAAAGUUUUUGGCAGUGAUAGUGCCCUUCAAAUACACCUACGUUCUCACACUGGGGAAAGACCAUACAAAUGUAAUAUAUGUGGAAACCGUUUUACUACUAGAGGCAACCUGAAAGUACAUUUCCAUCGACAUAGGGAAAAAUACCCUCAUAUACAAAUGAACCCACAUCCUGUUCCAGAGCAUUUGGAUUAUGUUUUGACUAGCAAUGGUCUACCGUAUGGCAUGUCAGUACCUCCAGAGAAGGCAGAGGAAGAGACAAUAGAAAAGAAACCAGUAGUACCUCCAAUAAUAGCAACAGAGGGCUUGAAUUUCUUCUCAAGUUCAGCUAGCCAAGGAUUACCAUCACUUAAUAAACUGGUUCUUGUAAAAGCAAAUGAUGCUGCUCUGAAAAGUUCUAAUGUAUGUCCAAAGACAAAGUCCGAUGAAAAUACCCCUCCCCUUGAAAGGUCAUCUAUUGGGACAGCUGACGUCAGUGGGAGGAUGCAACUUAGCAAACUAGUUACCUCUUUUCCAAGUUGGGCACUGCUAGCCAGCCACUUUAAAUCUGGAAGCUUCCCUUUUUCAUACACUGUUGAACCUCUGGCAUACUCAGAGACAUCAAAAUUACAACAGCUAGUUGAAAAAAUUGACAAGCAGGCAACAGUUCCUAACCAGUGUGUCAUCUGCUUACGCGUAUUAAGUUGUCCCAGGGCACUUAGGCUCCAUUAUAACCAACAUGGAGGGGAAAGACCAUUCAAAUGUAAAAUAUGUGGGCGGGCAUUCUCAACUAAGGGCAAUUUAAAAGCCCAUUUUGUGGGUCAUAAAACCAGUUUAUCCUCAAAACCUCAAAAUUCAUGUCCAAUUUGCCAGAAAAAAUUUACCAAUGCUGUCACUCUCCAGCAGCAUAUACGAAUGCAUCUUGGUGGGCAGAUACCAAAUGGAGACCUAUCACCUGGAGUUGGAAGCAAAAUAGAACCCAUAGAAGACAAAAACAUUCCAGAUUUUUCAGAUGAAGUUAGCACUGAAGAUGACUCAUUGGAUGUAAGUGAAUCCGAAAGUGAAAAGGCUGCACUAGUGGAGUCAGAAAUAUCAAGCAUGGACGAUGACACUGCAGCUUCUGUUGUAAAGAACAAUGAUAACAACAACGCAUCACCUUCUGCUACUCUCCAGCCUUUGCCUUUUCCAGCCACAGAGUCAACUGUUUUAUCAGAACAACCACUCAGCACAACUAUUGAAUCAGGCUCUCAUCUAGAAAAAGCUAAUAGUACUAAUUUAGGUAAUGCGGAAGACAAAGCUGAGGCAGACAAGAAUCCACAAAAUACAGAUGAGAAGAGUCUAGAUGAAAAAAUCCAUACAGACCAGAAAGAACAAGAUACAAAUAUAAGCACCACAGCUGAGGGAAGCCCCCAUAAAGAGGAAGCCCAUGUGUGUGAUUUAUGUUCUGAGAAACUACCCAGCACUGAGUCAUUGGGGGAGCAUGAGAAAUGUCACACAAAAGAUGGAUUGUUCCAUUGUUUGGUUUGCAAGCAAAGCUUCCUGGAGGCAUCCAUUCUGAAGAAGCAUGUACUACAGGCACACCAGGUGAGCCAAACCUUUCCUCCUCAGCCAGUGAGCAGCCCCAAACACCCAUCACCAGCCCAAACAUUACUGAAGAGUGAAGCUUUAAGCCCACCCCAGACACUGGCACUGGUCAAGCUUCCAGGGCUACCGCUGGCCACAUCCCUCUCCCCUCCUUUGAGACGCAGCCCUAAGCAGCAUCUGUGCAUGGUUUGUAAGAAGACGUUCUCGUCGGCCAGUGCAUUGCAGAUUCAUGAGCGGAUUCAUACAGGAGAGAAGCCUUUUUCCUGCAAUAUGUGUGGAAGGGCGUUCACCACAAGGGGGAACCUUAAGGUUCACAUGAGUACUCAUGUAUGGAAUAGUACCUCUUCAAGAAGAGGAAGACGUCUGUCUCUGGAUAAUUUGGGCCCUCUGCUCUCAGGAAACCCAAUGAAGCUGCAGGAUUUUCUGUCUAGGGAAAUUCCUACACAACUGGUUGGAGUUAGCCCAUUAUCAUUUUGGAACCAAUACACAGCUUACCUCACUAGUGGUCCACCAACAGCAACUGGCAACAUAACCUCUACUGCGGUCAUUUCACCCCCUGCUCUAAUUGGAUUGCGAGCAGCUAAAGUUGGGCAUAUUCCUGCUGGAGGACUUGUGGAGAUCAAAGAAAAGAGUCCAAGCAUUGCAGAGGCUAUACAAGGGAGUCCAAUAAAAGAAGAGAAGUAGACAUCCUUCUGAAAAUGACAGGAGAUAAAAUUGAUAGUCAUAUGAUGUAAAGAUUGAAUUGACAUUGUGUGUUAGGUUCCACAUAGUGCCUGCUCUUCUUAAGCAACUGACAGUUCCUGGAGAUGGUUUUACUGUGUCCUGUUAGAUUUCAGUCCAGUAAAAUACGGCCAGGUUUCAAUGACAUGUGCAAAAACUAGUGAACU